AUGGAUGCAGCAGGUAGCAUAUUACCACUGGCAUACGCUGUUGUUGAUUCAGAAAAUGACGCAACAUGGAAUUUGUUUUUUGAGCAAUUCAAAGAUGUGUAUGGUGAAAAACCUAAUAUGUGUGUUGUUUCAGACCGGAAUGAGAGUAUCUUGAAGGCAACAUCUACAGUUUAUACCGGAACGCCACAUUAUGCUUGCAUGUGGCACAUUUGGACAAAUGUAAGGUUAAAGUUUAAGAAGGGUCAUCUAAAAUUAAGCGAAGUGUACUUUGCCACAACACGAUCAUACACAAUUGAUAAAUUUAAUGAAAGAAUGUCAAAGAUUGACGAGAUCGAUGUGCGUAUUAAAGCAUACCUAUACGAUAUUGGCUACCACAGAUGGUAUCAGGUACAUGCUACAGUGAACAGAACGUGGACAAUGACGUCAAACAUUGCAGAGUCAUUGAAUGCGGUGAGGGCUUCAAUAGAUCACAUCCAUACAGUGCUAGAUGGUGCGAAGCGCUUUAUUGUUUGCCUUCAAAACAAGAGAUGCAGUUGUGGACAGUUCCAGCUUGACGAACUUCCUUGUCCACAUGCUUUGGCGGCCUUGAGGCAUAGGGAUGAGUCUUAUGAAAAUAAUUGUUCUACUUAUUACACGAGGGAGAGUCUUUUGAAGACUUAUGAAACACCAGUAGACCCGCUGCCUGAUGAAAGCAAAUGGAAUGUGCCACAAUAUGUAGCCGAAGAAGUUGUAAAGCCACCAACUUGGAAAAGACAGCCAGGGAGACCUCAGAAACAAAGAUACAAACCAUUUGAUAAAGUAAAAGCAAAGAAGUACAAGGUUUCAUGUGAAAACUGUGGGCUAGAAGGUCAUAACAAAAGAUCUUAUAAGAAUGCACCCAAAAGGAAAUAA